UCCUGUGUUUAUCCUCAUUCAGAUUUGUAGCAGACCAGAGGACCAGAUGUACACAUCAGUUUCAAUAAUUGUGACACUUCUGCUUGGACUUAAAAGUUAGACAACCGCUGGACUUGCUUUCAUGACAAAGUGUCCAGUCACCAGAGGAGUUCGUUUGUGAUUCAAUUACUUAUUAUGUCCACUCUCACGAGGAUUGAGGAGCUGGACUUCAAAGAAAGAACGCUAAAGGAAGAUCUCAAGCUAAUCAUUAUAGCACGGAGACAGGCCAGAGGUCAACACCAGAUCAAAGUGGAAUUUAAGGACCCUCAAAAAAUGGAGCUGACGCAAGAGGAGAUCCUGAAGAAAGAGCGGCGUAGGGAGCAGAACAGGAGGGCCGCGCAGAGGUGCAGGACAAAGAAAAGACUUAAUCAAAGCAACGCCAUUCAUAGUUUUGAGAAGAUGUCUCAAGUCAACAAGGUCUUGUUUCAGGAAUUGGAGAAGGUGGCAAGGGAGAGAGACGACUAUAAAACCAGAGCGGAGAAUCAAAUAGUUAUGUGCCCCUGCGGAAAUGUCUUCUCGACUAAAGAUGGCGUGGAGAGAAGAAGAUCGUUAAGAUCCGGUAACGGACUUAUGGGUAGUCCCAGCCAAAUUCCGGUGAAAGAAAAUAUAUUCUUUCCAAUGGAAGAACAGUCGGACAAUCUGUCCAUCAAACGUAGCUGUGUGAUGUUACACUCUUCUCAGGAGCGUUUUAUUUGGGGUGGGAACGCACUUGAAAACAGUACGCCCAAUGACGUUUAUGAUUGCAAGUUACUGCCUUGUUUGACUCCAGGCCUUGAUCAGGUAUGUACUUCUCACAGUCCCGUACACUUUGCUCUGCAGUGCACACCAUCUAUGCAAGGGCCACCCCAAACCUCACCAUCCCCAGGCUUUCACCACGUCGGGUCGACGCCUCCUUUCACCAGCAGCAUCAGACAUAGGGCACCCUCUGUCAGCGCCUCGGACACUGCGUCCAUGUCAGACUCGUGCGACGCCAGGCACUCCAGCAUCUCCUCUGAGGACUUUCCAGUCCACAGCGUCUCGUCCCAUGGAAGCCUUCACUCUGACAGCAUGCUGAGCCUCAUCCAGGAGCACCGCGCUGUGGAUCUCCCAGAUCUGGACAACGACGACGUCUUUCACGCCACGCACCUGGAUGUCAACAACAACGCCCACCACGUGGCCAACAACAACCACUACCUGCUUUCUGCCGACGCAGAUGCUGCCCCGAGCCUUUCGGACAUGGCCACGGACGAAGACGUUGGUGCCGUUUUCACGAAUGGGCUGCUCAGCUUGGACGUGAGGGAUCAAAUCAUACCUAGCGAUGAUCUAGCCACACUGGACGAUGUAACAUCUCUCUUGGCCAUAUCCCAGGACGAGCUUGUUCAAUUCUCAGAUGAUUCUGAGCUGUUGCAAGUCUACAGCUAGAGCAGCAUUGCAGUAAGCGAGGAACUAAUGACGUGCCACACAUUAAACGCGACAGUGAACUCUUCCAUGAUCUGAAACACUGAUCAAACACUUGAUUCAAUGUAUAGAACCAACGAAACCUUGCGAUCUAUAGGGCAGAUGAUGUAAAGGUCAUCGGUUUCUGUAGCCAACGGUUAACGAGGGUGUCUUGUGGCCAGCAAACCUUUACUUUUCCCCUACUAAUGUACAUUUUAGUUAAGUCCAAGGAGGAUUUAUAAUCAAUUUUUUAAAUACUUUUAUUUUGUGCUUUCUGAAUCUAAUUCAUUGAAGAUUUAGAUAUUGGUCCUCUUCUUGAAAACUACAGAUUUGAUUAUUUUUAUUCGAUGAUUUGAUUGAAUCCAAUACUGAUUACUGAUAAGACACUCAUGCAAUGUAUAAAACAUACGAUAUUGUACACUUUAACCUAUAAUCCUAAAAUCAUUUUUUUUUUACUUUUUAAGAUUGAGAUACAACUGUUGUUUUUUUUUUUCUUUGAAAUUAAGGCUUGUGGAAUGAAACAGAUGAUUUGAUUACAUUUGUACUCUGUUUUCACACAAACUUUGCUUUUCACACAAAUUUUAUUCACACACACAAUGUACUCACACACAUUUUAUUCACACACACAACGUACUCACACACAAAUUAUUCACACACAUAGUUUCUUUCCUAUCCUUUCACACACACUGUCUGAAAAAACAAUCGUCUGUGAGAAUACAUACAAUCAUGCAAUCAAUCCAUACAAUCAUGCAAUCAAUCCAAACAAUCAUGCAUCUUAUUACAUAAUACAAGACAACUAGUUCACUUUGCCUUCCUUCUUCUAUAUGCUUUCUGUCUGUAUGUCUGUCUGUUAAGUUAAAUGUAUUUUUUUUAAAUCUGAAGAAGAUGAAUAGUGUUACUUUUUUACAAAGCUAAUAUCAACUCGCUUCGUUUGUCUGUAUGCCUGUCUGUCUGUCUAGUACACAUUUUGUACACAUCCUUUCUCCAACUUUCCAUUCUCAGACGAAGUUGAAACUUUGGGCAAUUAUUCAUUGUCCCUAACAAAACACGAAUCAAUAAAAAAAAAAUAAUGAAAUAAUUUAUAAAUGGAAAUUAAUUAAUUCUGUUUGCUGUAGAAAAUAUGAAAUAAAUAUUACAGUAUUGAGAUGAAUGGUUGUAAAUGUGCAGUUGUUUCCUUUAUAUAAUCUUUGUUUUAUAAGUAUUUUUAUACUUUGCUUGUUUACUUUUUUUAAAAUUCUAUAUACAUCCAUAAAGUUAUCAUUAUGUUCAUGUACAUUUUUUUCAAUUUUAUUUCUAUGUUUUCUGUUAAUAUCUUUAAAACAAACCAAAUUGUAUUUUUUAUUUAAAACAAAAAUGUUUAACAGCUCCGGAGUGAUAUCUACAACAAUGUUUCUUUUUCUUUAUGUCAAGUAAAGAUGCGACAAAGUAUUUUUGUUGACACAUUUAUUCUAAAGACAAUGUGAUUUUGUGUUUGUUUUUUCAAAGUUUAUAUAUAGCAUGCAGAUGCAAUGUCAAUAAAGUCAUGAUAUUUAAAAACCUGGUUUAAGUUAAUUAGACCAUCAGGCCAUUAUGAAAUUAGUAGUCACAAAGUUAAUAUUAACUUAAUAUACAUAUGAAUUAAUCAUAGACAUAAAUAAAUAUAGACUGGCCGAUUAAAGAGUUUUAUGAAACGAAAAUUUGUGACUUGCAAUUUUGUGUACUUUAUUAUACAGC